CCUUCUCCGCCGCUCCCUCCCCCUCCCAUCGGAGUUUCAGGUGAAUGGGUCACGGAGGGAGGAGGCGGGCCACGCCACACCUCGUCGCUAGUGCCCACCUCCGGGUCCCUCUUUCCUUAGGCGACAGCGGUGGAGUUGCGGGAGAGCGGACCAGCGCAAGGAGCAACAGGCUAGGGGCGCAGCAGGUCCGCUUAUCUUGGGAGCCUUUUCGUCUUGCUCAUCAUAAAGAGCAGGUGACCCAUGACAUCAGCCAUGUCUGUGAGGCCUUUUGAGAGUCCACCUCCUUACAGACCUGAUGAAUUCAAACCCAAUCAUUACGCACCAAGCAAUGACAUGUAUGGUGGAGAGAUGCACGUCCGACCGAUGCUCUCUCAGCCGGCGUACUCUUUUUACCCAGAAGAUGAAAUUCUUCACUUCUACAAAUGGACGUCGCCUCCGGGAGUGAUUCGGAUCCUGUCUAUGCUCAUUAUUGUGAUGUGCAUCGCCAUAUUUGCCUGUGUGGCUUCCACGCUGGCUUGGGACAGAAGCUAUGGGACAGGCCUCUUUGGAGGAAGCCUAAGCUACCCUUACGGAAGUGGCUUUGGGAGCUAUGGUGGUGCCUACGGUUAUGGCUACGGUUAUGGCUAUGGAGCGUAUACAGACCCAAGAGCAGCAAAAGGCUUCCUGCUGGCCAUGGCAGCCUUUUGCUUCAUCGCUUCCUUGGUAAUAUUUGUUACCAGCGUUAUAAGGUCUGGCAUGUCCAGAACGAGAAGGUAUUACUUGAUUGUGAUCAUAGUCAGCGCUGUCCUGGGUAUCAUGGUGUUCAUCGCCACAAUCGUGUACAUAAUGGGAGUGAACCCAACUGCCCAGGCUUCUGGGUCUUACGGCUCACCGCUGUAUACCAUCUGCAGCCAGUUUUAUGCUCCUGGAGGCACCAGUCUCUACGUGGAUCAGUAUUUGUAUCACUACUGCGUGGUGGAUCCUCAGGAGGCUAUAGCCAUUGUCCUGGGGUUCAUGAUCAUCGUGGCUUUUGCUUUAAUCAUCUUUUUUGCUGUGAAAACCCGAAGAAAGAUGGACCGGUAUGAUAAGUCCAAUAUUUUAUGGGAUAAGGAACACAUUUAUGAUGAGCAGCCCCCCAAUGUGGAAGAGUGGGUUAAAAAUGUGUCUGCAGGCACGCAGGACAUGCCUCCACCCCCAUCUGACUAUGCAGAAAGAGUUGACAGUCCGAUGGCCUACUCCUCCAACGGCAAAGUGAAUGGCAAGCGGUCAUACCCAGACUCUUUCUAUAAGUCAACGCCUCUGGUACCUGAAGUGGCCCAGGAGCUUCCCCUGACCUCGUCUGUGGAUGACUUCAGGCAGCCCCAGUACAGCAGCAAUGGUAACCUAGAGACCCCUUCGAAAAGGGCUCCCACGAAGGGGAAAGCAGGGAAGUCCAAGAGGGCAGACCCAGACCACUAUGAAACAGACUACACGACGGGUGGCGAGUCCUGCGAUGAGCUGGAGGAGGACUGGGUCAGGGAAUAUCCACCUAUCACUUCAGAUCAACAACGACAACUCUACAAGAGAAAUUUUGAUGCAGGUCUACAGGAGUAUAAGAGUUUACAGGCAGAACUGGACGAGGUCAGUAAAGAGCUCUCUCGUCUAGAUAAAGAACUGGAUGACUACAGAGAGGAGAGUGAAGAGUACAUGGCUGCUGCGGAUGAAUAUAAUAGACUAAAGGAAGUUAAGGGAUCUGCAGAUUAUAAAAGUAAGAAGAAUUACUGCAAGCAGUUGAAGAGCAAAUUAUCGCACAUCAAGAGAAUGGUGGGAGACUACGACAGGCGGAAACCUUAGACAGAUGCCAUUGCUGGAGACACGAGAGGUGCAUCUCUGUGUGAAGUCUCUGCAGUUCUCUCCAGAGGCUGACUGACUCUGGACUCUAAUCUGGGAAGUUAAAACUUUGUGAUCAUUACAAAGCCUUCAUAGCUUUAAUGCCAUUAGUUUCAUACCUCCAGUAUUGACGCAUUUUAUAAAUGGCUUUUGAUAAUUGACUGGGCCAAGCACUCUGAUUAUGAAUUUACAGCUUCGACACUGAUUCUUGUAUUAAGAAUGAAAUGUUGUUUGAGGUUUUAAAUGUCAAGAAAGGUCCUGGCUGUGAACUGUGAUGUGAACAUUCACUCGACAGACAGUGUGCUCCUCCAGGUAGACUGUCCUAAUUAAUCUUCGCAGCAGCCCUCAGGUGACUGUUAUUUAUAAUCAGGCUGUUUUUGGUUUUUCAGUCAGGGCUUCUCUGUGUAGCCCUGACUGACCGAGAACUUACUUUGUAGAUCAGGUUGUCCUUGAACUCCCCGAGUUCCUCAGAGUGCUGGGUGUAGGGAUUAAAGGUGUGUACCUCAUCACUUUUCCUGUAAGGAAAUCAGGUCCCUGCAGCGACAUCUCUAAAAUGAAACUGCUUACUUCACAAAGGCAGUUUUGGCUAAGUCUGUUUUAUGACUGCAAAUUACAGCAUUCAUGCCUUUCGUAUUUACAAUAACUUCUAUCGCCCACCUUCCCUACUGCUGUUUUUUCUUAUAUUGACUUUAACAAAUGAAUAGGAUUUUUUUGGCUUUACAUUUUCCUAACAUUUAACAUCAGGUAAAAUUAACAAAUAUGUAAAAUUUAAGAAUUGUAAAUAUAUAUUUACAUUUGAAAGAUGAUUUUAAAUCUGGGGUUAAAGUGCUUUUUAUCUUUUAUAGUGUACAUGCUAUUUUUUGAUAACCCACUAGACCUUUGCAUUGUAUCAGGUUAUCCAAUUACAUUUACAGUUAUGACUUGAAUUGUAUCUCACAGGAAUGCUCAAGUUUUGUACAUAUUUUAUAAGGUAUUAAACCUAAUGUUCUCUUUCUACUAUGGCCUGUUUGAUGUCAUUAGUACUGAAUAUUCAGUUGGGCAGAGCUCUCCUAGAGUUUUGGGGUGUGAACUAUAGUGGGUGCUCUGCUAGCAGACGAUUUCCCAGUCAUUGGACAGUGAACAAACUAUGUCUAGACAUGGGAUGAUGGUCACAGAACAGCACAAUACUUAAACAGUGUCUGUAAAACCCCAUGCUGUUCUUUAAAAAUUAAAAUUUUUGUUAGUAGCGUAAAAUUAGUUGAUACUACUUGAUAAGCUAACUUGACAUCCAGCCCAGUUUGGCUUGUUUUAGCUAAAAUGUUUUAUAAACCGUUCAGACAUUGAAGUGCAUGUUUUUGUUUAUAUGAUUUUGAAUUAUUUUCUUUUUCCUUUUUCUUUUUUUUUUCUGAGACAGGGUUUUGAAUUAUUUUCUAAUGAUAAAAAUUUAAAUACUGUUUUUGUGUAAGGCUGGUUCAAUUCUUUUUCAAAUUGCAGAAAACUUUUAUUUUUCUAUAUGCUUAUAUAUAGUGCACAAAGUAUUUUCAUACCUUUUGGAUUGACACCAAGUAGAAAAGGCUGGAGCACGGGCUGUCUGGAGCACGGACUGUCUGGAGCACGGACUGUCUGGAGCACGGACUGUCUGGAGCACAGGCUCCUUGGAGCAUGGACUGUCUGGAGUACGGACUGUCUGGAGCAUGGGCUGUCUGGAGCAUAGACUGUCUGGAGCCCUGGCUGUCUGGAGCAUGGACUGUCUGGAGCACGGACUGUCUGGAGCAUGGACUGUCUGGAGCAUGGACUGUCUGGAGCCCUGGCUGUCUGGAGCAUGGACUGUCUGGAGCAUAGACUGUCUGGAGCCCUGGCUGUCUGGAGCAUGGACUGUGUGGAGCACGGACUGUCUGGAGCCCUGGCUGACUGGAGCACAGGCUGUCUGGAGCACAGGCUGUCUGGAGCACAGGCUGUCUGGAGCACAGGCUGUCUGGAGCACAGGCUGUCUGGAGCACAGGCUGUCUGGAGCUCUCCUUCACUGCCCUGUUACGUUACUUAACUCUUCACUCUUGGAAAUCAUUGUUCUUUUGCAUGAUUUUGUUUUGAUUUAGCCAGGGUUUCCCAAGAUAGCCCAAGCUGGCCUUGAACUAACUACUUCAAGCUGGCUUCAAAUCUGCAAUCCUCCUACUUCCACUCCCCAGGUGGCAGGUAGAUUAGAGGUUCUCCUCCAGGCUUGGCUCCUACUUAGUUUAUGAAGCCAAUUUGCUGGCGUCCUCACAAAACAGGUCUGUUUUGUUUUGAAGAAAAGGAAGAGGCAGGAAUUGUAAAACUGUGCCAUAAAAUUAGACGUUGGAAGAAUAAAAGAAAUAAUUCUUUUCCCACGUGGUGCUACCACUGUGGGCCUGAAGCCAGCACCAGGGUGUGUCCAUCGGUCUGUUUAGGCAGUUUCUUAAAGUAAAAUAAUGGCUAGAUUAUACUUUAGAGGUGUUUUACAUUCUGACCCAUGGUUUUUGGUUUUCAUACCUGCUUUUUGCUAGUAAAACUAUUCUGGGCAAUAGUUACGUGAAAACAUAACCCUUCUGAUGAAGUUUCCUGCAUUAAAUAAAAUGAUGGGUGUGUGUGCACGCGUGCCCGCACAUGUGUUCAUGUUUUAAGUAGGUAAGAUCAAUGUUUUCCAUUUUGAAAAGCUGAAAACAUUAGAAUAAACAUACAUGAACUAACCCCUCCUCCAGGA